CAGGCAGGAGGGUUAGAGCGGUCGGGGAGAAAGACGGGGCGAGCGGGGGAGAAGUGGGCCAAGCUGCCGUCUCAUUCUUGUUGAAGAUCAGGAAGUGGCAGAAUGUGUCAGGAUCUGCUUGACUGCUGAAAGCAAGACCCAACACGACAGGGGCAGGGGCAAGAGGAGGAAAGGAAGGGGGAGUGAAGGGCACACGGAGGAGGAGGAGGGUGAAGGAGGAGACUUUGAGGAGUUCUGGGGUCUGUGGGGGUCUGGUGUCCUUCCAGGAUCUUGUUGGCAAAGUGUCUCAGAGGGACCGAGCAAAGGUCCCGACCCAGAUAGACCCCAUCCAGCCCUCUGCUGCCAGACAACAUGAACUAUCUGAACGUUUUGGCCAAGGCCUUGUACGACAAUGUGGCCGAGUCUCCGGACGAGCUGUCCUUCCGCAAAGGCGACAUCAUGACAGUGCUGGAGCGAGACACUCAGGGGCUGGAUGGUUGGUGGCUCUGCUCUCUCCAUGGACGCCAAGGCAUCGUCCCUGGAAAUCGCCUCAAGAUCCUUGUUGGCAUGUAUGACAAUAAGCAGCAGCAGGCCUCUCCUUCCACUCCAGAUCCCACCUCUCAGGUACUGCGACCUUUUCCCACUAAGAGCGCCUAUCCCAAACCAUCUCUUAAACCACCUGCGGCAUCUGUGGGGUUUGCAACCAAGUCCAUUCCAACGGUCCAGUACACAUCCAUGCACCCAGCCUACUCCACUCCCAGUCCUGCACAGUCCAGCCCUGACUCUGUUUACAUGAUGCCUCCCUCUCAUGGUCCAAAGCCAAGCUCCCAAGGUGUGUAUCAGGUUCCUUCUGGUCCAAGCGGACCCUCUCCCCAGGCCCAACCAGGACCCCCCAGUAAGACAACGCCUGUAGGCCACAGGCAGUUUCAGGCGCCUGGACAGGAUAUCUACCAGGUUCCCCCAUCUGUUGGCCCAGGGCCAGGCCAAGGAACUGCUCCACCUGCAGGUGGACAGGAUGUGUACCAAGUACCCCCCUCCUUGGAGAAAAGAAACUGGGACGGCAGCAACAAACCCAUUGGCAAGGUGGUGGUCCCCACCCGGGUCGGACAGGUGUACGUGUACGACGCGGUGAAGCCGGAGCAAGACGAGUACGACACUCUACCCCGUCACCCGCCUCCAUCCCAGCAGGAUAUUUACGACGUGCCCCCCACCCGGCAGCAGUACAACACCCAGGUGUAUGAUACGCCCCCCAUGGUGGUGAAGGGACCCUCCAGCUGUCAGGAAAUAUAUGACACCCCCCCAGAACCAGACAAGAACCCACAACAGACGGUUUAUGACUUCCCCCCCUCAGUCAGUAAAGAUGGUCCGGACGGUCACCUCAUCAGAGAGGAGACCUACGACGUCCCCCCCCACUUUGCCAAACUAAAACCCAAGGCCCCCCUUGCUUCUGUCCAAUACCCGCACAGCGUGAGCGAUGACGAUGAGCCCCCCAUCCCAGAGGAUGUGUAUGACGUCCCACCUCCUAUUCUGACUGACAAGCAUCUUCAAAGAGACCGGGCUGCGGGGGGCCAGCCCCUCCAGGACAUCUAUGACAUCCCAAGCACCCUGCGCUCAGGAGGUCACCCCCUCCAGGACGUCUACGACUUCCCACGAGAACGAGAGGACCGAGGAGGGGACAGGGGGGAGCAGUACAUCUAUGAUGUCCCACCACAGGUCGUCCGUGACGCCCAGACCAGCGGCGAUGAGCAGAGCGUGUCUUUCAAGCGUCUGUCUGCCUCCAGCACCGGCAGCACGCGCAGCAACCACUCGUCCUCCUCCCUGGACAUCGUCCCUGUCCGGGACUCCUCGGCUCCAGGGAAGCCUCUCAUCCUGGACCUGGACCAGGCCAUGGAGCGGCUGUCCCGUCUGCAGCAAGCUGUGGAGUCCAGCGUUUCUCUCAUGAUGUCCUUCAUCACAGGAAACUGGAGAAGUCCGGCUCACCUGGAGGGGAACCUUCCCGCCAUCCAUCAGGCGGCUGACCGUGUGCGCACCGCUGUGCGAGACUUCUUGGAGUUUGCCCGGGGCGCGGUGGCGAAUGCUGCCCAGGCCACGGAUCGCUCCCUGCAGACCAAACUGAGCCGUCAGGUGGGGAAGAUGGAGGAGGUCUUCCAGAGUUUGGUCAGGCACAGUCAGAGCCUAGAGGCCAUCUUCUGGUCACAUACAGAGCUCUCAACACCACCUCCAGGUGGGGACGACCUUGAUCGGCUCAUCAUGACGGCAAGAGGCAUUCCUGACGACGCCAAGCAGCUCGCCUCUUUUCUGCACGGAAACGCCUCCCUGCUGUUUAAAAGGACAAACCGGCAGCAGCAACAGCUGCCCCUUCCUCCAAUCCCAGGGGAAAUGACCGGAUCAGGAAGUGGAAGCUACCAGGGGGGGGAGAAAGUCCACAUUCAGUCACGGCCCCUCCCCUCCCCGCCAAAGUUUACAGCUGCAGAGGAAGAGGCGGGCGUGGAGCGGCCGUACGGGAGCACAGAGGAAGGCUGGAUGGAGGACUACGACUAUGUGCAUCUGCAGGGAAAGGAGGAGUUUGAGAAGAACCAAAGACAGCUGCUGGAAAAAGACAACAUCAUCAGAAACAACAAAUCCCAUCUGGAGCAGCAGCAGAUUAAAAAGUUUGAACAACUUGAGCAGGAAGUCUGUCAGCCAAUAAACAACGACAUGACAGGCUGGGCCCCGCCCACUCAUCAUUCUCUGGCCAACCAUCUUGGCAAGAGUGGUGCCGGAGACCCCCCCUCCUCCAAGCUUUGCCACGGCGACCGACAGCUCCUCCUCUUCUACCAGGAGCAGUGUGAGCAGAACAUCACCACGGUAACCAACGCCAUAGAUGCCUUCUUCACCGCCAUCAACUCCAACCAGCCGCCCAAGAUCUUUGUCGCUCACAGCAAGUUCGUCAUCCUCAGCGCCCACAAGCUGGUCUUCAUCGGGGACACGCUGUCGCGGCAGGCUCGCUGCCCCGAGGUGAGGGCCCGGGUGGGCCAGAGCAGCAACACCCUCUGUGAGAAACUCAAAGACAUUGUGAUCAGCACCAAGACAGCGGCGCUCCAGUACCCGGCGCCCGGAGCGGCCAAGGACAUGACAGAGAAGGUGCGGGAGCUGGCGGGGUGCACACAGCACUUCAGGAUGGUGCUGGGUCAGCUCCUGCUCAUGUAAAGACCCGGGUGGGGGCGCUGCAGCCCCACAACCCGGUCAGCUUCCUUCUUGAGGUCAGUGGCAUGGAGUGUUGAUGAUGAGCAGCAGGAGACCUUGCACUCUCCUCUUCUGGGGGGGCAGUAAAGCUGUGGGGCCCCCACCCUUCAUGUGACCUUUAACCCUGCAGGUCUGGGACCCUUUGUGGGAAAAAGGCUGCCCUUGUCAUUCAUCCAUCACUGGGGUAAUCCCCCCUCCCCUGACUGUUUGUCACUCUGGCCCCCCUAACGGAACAGUUAAUCUUCAGUGGGCGGGGCUAAAGGUUGUAUAGUAAUCAUUGUAAAUGUUGCCUGAGACAAACAGCUGACGGUAAAUAUAACUAGAUGUUUUUGUUCCUGGUUUUUAAGGUGAGAAGAGGACUUGACUCCAGGUUUUAGACUGUAUCAACUCCUGUUAUUGUUAUACUGUAAUUAAGACUCUGACUUCUGAUCCUUGUGUCAAUAUUAUUAGGAAUGUCUCAAAUUCCAGAUUGUACGUAAGAACAUGAUGUAUCCACACUUUCCAAAAAACCCACUGGAGCACACAAUCCUCUAACCUCUCCUCGAUGACCCCACGCUGCCAUGACGACGGAUUCCACCCGUGGCUCAGCCCCUGCAGCAGCAGGCGGGAACAAGGAAAAACAAACGAGCUAUGACGUUUUACAAGAGGCAUGUACCGGAGAAAAGCGGAAACGUUUUGGAGAGUGAAUGCAUUAAAGUGGCGUUCCUGAUGUCUCUGA